UGUCAAGCCUGUGUGUCAAGCGUGUUGGUUGAUGAAGUAGACUUCGCAAGAGUAUGAAUUUUAGAAAAUUCUGCUAUUUUUAAAUAAAUGAUAUGGUUUUAUAACUUCAGAUAGUUGAUAAAAAUAAUAAAGAUGAUGUUUGUGGGAAUAUUGUGUUUAGUUUGUUUAUGUUCAAUAAAUUCAGAAGCUUCUACUCACUGGAUGGUUACCGAAAGUGGUUUGAUUCAACCUAAGGAAGAGUCUCCUUUUGAAAUGGAAAAUCCACAUGAUCUUCUUGCUUUUUUAAGUCAAGAUACUAGAUGGGAACAUAUAAUAAACUUACACCAUGAUUUGGCGAAAAGGCAGACAGUUGCUGCUAGUUUGUGGUCAGAUAUACAGAAAAAUUCUGAUGUGACUACCCUUAUUUUAAAAGAAGAUAGUUGCCAAAAGGCUGGCCAGUUAAAUUACCUAGAUUGGUACGCUUCAUUUCUAGAAGAAGGUAAAUCUAAGAAAAUACCUGAUGAAGAGUAUUUGUUGUACGAACCUUCUAUUGGCCAGGAUGUUGAUGUUCCUGAUUGCAAGAAGAUAUCAUCAUUAACAUUUAGCAUGUUUGCAUUUGAGCAUCUGGAGGGUAUGAUGCAUAGAGGAAACUUGACAGCCAGUCCUGAGAUGGCUCUACCAGAGCUUAUUUCUCCCAUCAUGACGGUAGAUCAGUUCGGUCACUGGUUGGCGUUAUGUUUGAAAAAGAAUAGCUCCUCUUGGUUGCAUUAUAACAUGGCAUCCAUGUAUUGGAGGGUUAGAGGCAAUGCACCCAAAGCUAUGGAAUGUAGUCGAAGAGCACUUCAUUAUGCACCUAGGCAAUAUAAAGAUGUAGCUCUUCUUAAUUUGGGCUCAAUUCUUCAUCGCAGUAAAAAGACAGAGGAUGCAAUCACUGUUCUAGGAGCUGCUAUUGAUCAUGAUCCCCAUUAUAACAUAAAUCAUUUCAUCCUCGCAACUGCCUAUGCUGUUCUUGGAGAAUAUAACACUUCACUGAAACAUUUAGAUAUAUGUAUGGAAAUAGAUCCAACUUUUGAAAUGGCAGAAAGGUACAGAUAUGGAGUAGUUUGCCAUUAUGUAUUGUUGCAGAGGAUGAAUGUUAUAAGGAAAAUAGUAAAUGAGCUGCGUGAAGAGUUGAUUGAGUACACCAGCAGAGAGGCGCAUUGGUUAAAACUACAAGCAGCAUUUUUGAGGACGAGGAAACAUGAGCCUGAUAAUGGUAACAUUUCAGAUUUUCGGAAUGUGAUCAAAAACGCGGAAAAGAUGUCCGAACUGACGGGUUUAAAAAUGAAAGAUUUGAAGAAGGAGGGGGAUAGAUACUCUGUGAUACAAUAUUUUCUAGACGGGCCGGUUUCUAUUAGUGAGAAGCUGCAGGACAAAGGUGUUUUUGCUCUAGACUCGGCAUACAGCCUACAGAGGCUGGUGAAACAUAUAGAGAAACAUGCCAAUAUGGCCUCCAAUUACGUUCAGCCCGAUUUGAGUAAAUUGAUGGAUGCGGAGGUUUUGAAAGAAAUAGAAAGACCUAAUCCUGACGAUUAUGUUAGUAAAUAUAUGAAUCCCCACAUCAAAGGUCUUCCUACCAUGAACGCUAAAGAUGUAGAUAUAGAUUUGGGAACUUUACAAGAGAAGAAAGCUAGCCAAACAAAGGGGGAUUACUCUGAAUAUUUUACAGGGAGCGUACUAUACCCUCCGUCUUUGAGAGUGAAUCGAAAUCUAGAAGAUUUCGACAGGGAGCACGUGUGGCCUUCUAAUAGGCUUUGUAAAGAAACUGAGUCGAGCUACCCGAAGCACCUCGACGCCAUAUAUCCUGUUUUCUUGCCGUUUGAAAACAAGGGUAUCAAAUUAGGUAAACUAUUGUCAGAUAAAAUCGGGGUACCAGCGGAUGUGGAACACGAAUUACCUUGGUACCCCCCACAGUGUCCACAGGAUAAGGACGCCACGGCGUUCUUGCAAAAGAAGAAUCCUAAGAACAAUAAUAAUAUGAAUAAGCAGGUAGUGGACACAGGCUAUUUGAGAAACAAGCUUCUCGAAUAUGCCGGGGACGGUGAUGUUGAGUCUGUGAUGCACAUGCAAGAGGUUGAGCUCGGCCAUCGCAUCUACAUCGCUAUGCAGAAGAAACUGGCUCCUGAUUGGAUCCUAUAUACCCUCGCAUCUUUAUAUUGGCGGGUGCGGGGCAAUAAUGCGAACGCUAUGCACUGUCUAAUGUCAGCCAACAAGAAGGUAGAUCCCAAGCUAAAGGAUCUGGUGUUGGCAUCUAUAGCGUCCCUCUACGUAGAAAUGGGACACUUCGAUGAAUCUCUUACGGCGACCGAGGAAGGAUUCAAAUUGGGACUCCAUGAGCCCGUGCUCAACUUUAUAUUAGCUGAGCUGAAUAUGUUGCGGAAGCAUCGUAACACGCACAUAUUCCACCUGAAGCAAGUAGUGAGGGUGGAUCCUAAGUUUAUGGGUGGACUGGCGAGAAAUCUUCUCAAUGGGUGGGCGUGCCUUAUGAAGCAGAUCAACACUAUGGCAGAAGUUGGUUUAAGUGAAGAUAUUUGCACACAAGUAGAGCCUGGCGUGAAUAUGGUGUGUGGCAAAGACGGUACAAACUGCCACGUCACAAACAUUGAGUGCUACAAACCCCAGGACAAAGAAAGUACGAGCACUCUAGUCAGGUUGCUGGGCAUGAAAGACAAGAAGGACAAAGAGCCCGAAGUGAUGGACGACAGCAUGUUUGACGAGUUCAAGCUAAACAUGCCUAAGGACAGGAGCGAUAAGAUAGCGCACCAACGGAACUAUGAUCUGAUGCGGGAGAGCGUGAACACAGCGUUGAGAGGCUGCGGGAGGUUGGGGUGUCACGAUAUUCAGCCUGAGGAUUUGGAAUUAACCGAGGACGACUGCACUUAUCAACAUCUAGAAUUGAGCUAUUGGCUGCAUACAGUAAAUUUUAGACAACUUAUUGUGGAUCACAACUUAAGAUUGCCGACGGAGAUCGCGUCAGUGACUCCCUCAAAGAUGAAGGUUCCCGAAUGUCGGAUAUCGAUCAGUCCUUCCGACGACUUCUUCCUCGAGCGAAUGAGCCGGGUCGACAGUACCGGCUGGAAACCAAUUCUUGGCCUUAUGCACCAGUUCGCUGAGGUGUUCGAGUUUUAUGACUACGUCUCUCUGGGGGCCAAGAUCUCCAAGUACGUAGACACUAAGCCGCACGCCUGGGACGGCCUUGUAGCAGCCGGGUGGUGGUGCGGCGCGGGGGGCCGAGCCGCCUGCGCCGUGCGCUGUCUGAGCGCCGCGCACCACGCCGCGCCGCCCGACCGCGCUCCCGAGGCGCUGCGCGUGCUGGCCACGCUGCUGAACCUACAGCUAAAACAAGACGAUGCCAAAGAUAUUGCGUACCUCUCAUUCUAUACCUCGCCGAAGAACAAGAUAGAUGCAUUUUUGGUUGGCGUUUCACAUUCCUAUAAGUCACAAUACGAACAAGCAGUAUGGAUGUAUCGUUUCGCGCUCACUUUUGACGCAGAUUUCCUGCCAGCCAAGGCUUGCCUUCACGCCACGAUGUGCAUUAUGUUGUUCGGUGAUAGCAGCAAAGAGAAAAACAAACGAGAAUAAACCAAAUCGUAUCCAACCGUAACCUCACUUUAGAACAUUUUAAGUAGGAGACGGUAUUAUCAAAAAUGAUUGGUCUUUACCAUUGUAUAUGUCUCAUGUUUGGAUUGUAUUACACACGUCUACGUAUUAGUUACCCUUCAUUACAGUAAAGUUUUUGAUCUCGGGCAUAUAUUUAACAAAUAGACCUGUAGUGAACAGAUGUCUUAACAGAUGUAAAAAUCGUGAUUUAAAUAACGGUUAAUAACAGUUUUAAUGCAAACAUACAAAUAGUUAAAACGCGGCGAGGGAUUAUUUGUUUUAUAAAUCAGUAGGUAUGUUGAUUGAAAAUAUUACAAGAUUAAAAAUAUUUAUUUUCUCAUCUCACUUAUUUAUUAAACACAAUUGAGCGGAUUACAGGAGAGAGUGUAUUUUAUUUUUGAAAUGAUAAGAAUUUAUUGAAUAUGAACUUGGUUUCAGUUCAAACAUCUCAUAUAUGAGAGAACAGUUAUUUUACUUAUAAUAUCGUCUCCCAAUACUCAAAAGUUCAUAUUUAUUAUAGUACAUCGAGGACAGUACCUGCGUGUUUAUUUGAUAUUAAAGAAAUCCGAAUUACAUUUACUUACUAACUAUAUUUGUCCACAUUCUUUUUAAAUUGCUUCAAAUUAAUUAUCAAUAUGUAAUUAUAUUAUUUUGUAGAUAUUCAACGAAUCUAUGUGUUUGAAGAGAAACUGUAUUUAUAACACAAUAAAAUUACUUAUUUAUUUCAAUACCAAAAAAGUGUUAACAGGAUAGUUUUAAACUUCACGAUUCGAUUUUACUGUAUUUCAAUAGUUCUUAACCCAAAUAAAAUUUUACGUGGUGUGUAUCUCGCGGCCAUGUCGUAGAUUUGCUCAUUUCAUUUGCCUGUAUCGAGAAACAUUUUUUUUUCAUUGAUCUGCCCAAGUCACAUCAUGAUGUGGCAAAUAGACUGUGGAACACUUUGUGAAAUGCUAUCAUUUCAUGAAAUUCUACGCAUUUAAUGAAGUGAGCAAAUCUAUGAUAAGGCCGCGAGAGGUACAGAAUGACUUUUUUCCCGUUGUAAACGUUGUUUUAACUGCUUUACAAAUUAUAACGUACGCUUAAAAUCUUUAGUACGUAUUACCGAUGUGCCAAAACGCCAAAACGUUGGCUUAUAGCUUGUAAAGUCGCCCCGUGUUCUUGAGGCUUUAGUUUCAUAAAAAUUCCAACUUCCCCAGUAAUUUUGGCCUAUGGUUCUUCAUGAAUAAUUUUCAAGAUAUCAUGAAUAGGGGGCCGUUCAAGUAUUACGUAAGCAGAUUUAUUACAAUUAUUUACCCCCUCCUCCCCCUUGUCAGCAAAAGUAAGCAAAGCCC